ACUCCCUCUGAGCUAACAUACGCAGAACGACGACAUGCACAUGGGAAAAGAGAAGCAAAAUCAUCAAGAAUAUUUACUACUACGUAUUCAAUUUGAAUAGAGAUCCAAAUUAAAAACACAGAACAAAUAGUUCGUGAUCAGAUCACCUGCCCGAGUGCCCGGCCUCUUCGAUCAUCGUCAUCAUCAUCUUGUGAUCUCAGAUUCUAGCUGUUUAGAAAAAAAGAUGAGUUCUCUUCCCCGGCCUUCCCGCACCUACCAGAUAGCCAUGUAUCCCUGGUUUGCACUUGGCCACCAAAUCGCAUUCCUCCGUCUGGCCAACAAAAUAGCGUCAAGAGGUCACAAAAUCUGGUUCUUCACCCCUAAUAGCUCGCGACGCGUGGUUGAGCAUUUCAACCAUCACCCACACCUCAUUGCCUUCGUCCCGGUCACCGUCCCGCACGUUCCGGGACUCCCUCCCGGAGCCGAGACCACCGCGGACGUCCCCUUCUCUACUUCCCAUCUCAUCAUGGAAGCCAUGGAUAUGACACAAGAGGAGAUCGAGAAGGAGCUCUUGAAUCUCAAAGUCGAUAUCGUGUUCUUUGAUUACACCCACUGGAUACCCAAGAUGGCCCGUAGAAACGGCAUGCGAUCCGUGUUCUACAGCACCAUUAGUCCUGUGAUGCAUGGAUAUGCAAUCUCUCCCGAACGACGCAUUCCGUGGAGAAACUUAACAGAAGCCGACAUGAUGAAAGCUCCGGGUAAUUUCCCGGACCUAUCUAUCACGCUACGUGCUCAUGAGGCACGUGGCUUCACAGCGAGAACCAUCAUGAAGUUCGGUGGGGAUAUCACUUUCUUCGAUCGGAUAUUCACCGGCGUCAGUGAUUGUGAUGCUAUAGCGUACAGUACAUGUCGGGAGCUUGAAGGGCCAUUCUGUGACUACAUUGAAGCCCAGUAUAAAAAACCUGUCCUGCUCGCUGGCCCGGCCCUUCCGGUGCCACCAGACACCACCAUGGACGAAAGCUGGUCAGACUGGCUGGGGAAAUUCGAGAAAGGCUCUGUUGUAUACUGUGCAUUCGGUAGUGAAUGCAUUCUGGAGAAGGAUCAGUUCCAGGAACUACUAUGGGGCCUUGAGCUUACCGGAAUGCCAUUCUUUGCUGCACUGAAAACACCGUCCGGUGCAGACUCCAUUAAAGCUGCCAUUCCAGAAGAACUAAAAAGAAAGCUACAAGGAAGAGGAAUUGUGUGCGGGAAAUGGGUUGAACAGCAACUGUUUCUUCAGCACCCGUCGGUGGGUUGCUUCGUGACUCACUGUGGGUGGGCUUCACUCUCAGAAGCACUGGUGAAUAAGUGCCAGAUUGUGCUGUUACCACAUGUAGGAGAUCAAAUCAUCAAUGCGAGGAUAAUGAGUUUGAGCCUCAGAGUUGGGGUGGAGGUGGAGAAAGGGGAACAGGACGGGCUGUUCACAAAGGAGGGUGUGUGCAAGGCGGUGAGAGGUGUGAUGGAUGAGGAGAGUGAGACGGGAAGAGAGACCAGAGCUAACCAUGACAGGUUGAGGGAGUUCCUGCUGAACAAAGACCUAGAGUCAAACUACAUAGAACUUUUCAAUGAGAAACUGCAUGCCCUCUUUGCUUGAUCAUUGUUUUGGUUGGAAUAAUUAGGUGACUAUCUCGUUGAGUGGUACUUUGGUUUUUCUUUCGUCUUACUAUGGCGUUAUAUGUAUUUGUUUUUGAACGGAGUUUGUAUGUGUUUCUUUUUAGGUGACAACUCUGGUACCUUUCUAAAAAAUGGGGUACCUUACCUAUCAUUCAUUUGAUUGGACCACAUCACUUUAUCAUUUUUAAUUUAGAUUUAAAUAAUUCAACUGCUACAUUUUCAUUGGUCCAUGUGGACAAAGGUAUGGUACCUUAUGGGUACCAUAGAAUCUACCUUCUUUUUAUUGUUGAUUGGUGUGGAUUAGUUUAAUUGUUUGAAGGA